AUGGGGGCAAAACAGAUGAAAUGCCUCAGCUCAGCAAGCCCUGUGCGCUCCCCCAAAGAGGAAUAUGCUGUCACCCGCUCCAACGACACGCACGGAGAGGAAACCAUCCGCGAUCAGCCCGAGGAGCAGCAUGGAGGACCAGGCCAUGAGAAAUUGGAGCUGAUGGACAAGAAGCACCUCAGAGAGGAGGUGUCUCUGUGUGGGCUGUGCCCCUCCCUUGGGCAUGAUGUGGCAGAGGAAGAGAAGUCCUGGGAGGAACAGCUGGACGUUCACCAAGAGCAGCUGGAGAAGGAGAUGCACGAGGCCAGGAGGAUGGUGUUCCGCCUUCAGGCUUUGCUACUCAAUGGUUCGCUUCCAGAGGACGACCAGGGUGGAUCCGUAUGCUUCGGGGAUAACCGGGCUAAUAGCGAGCAACAGCUGGUUCUCACACGCAGCCGGCUGGACCAAAGCAUGGAGGAGGCACUUGAUCUUAAGCGGGAACUCCUUAGACACAAACAAGAGGUUCGCCACAUUCAGGCAAUCAAGGAUGCCCUGCAGCAGCGGCUGUCCGUGCAGGAGGAUGCCGUGCUGCAGCUAAAGCAGGAGCUACUGAGAAGCAACAUGGCCAAAGAUCAGCUUGAAGGAGAAAAUGCAGUGCUUAAAGACAAGCUGAGCGAACGCAACAAAUUGCUCGGCGAAUAUGAGCAGCAACUUGGGAGGAAGGACAGAAUGCUGCUGCAGCAAAAGCAUGAUGAUGCUCAGCACAAAACACAUGAUGUGAGCCACAACCGGUCAUUCAGAAGUGAAGGUGGUUACAGCAGCUCUCCUCCUGCAUUUCAGCAUAGUGCACCCGGUGAAGAACUGCAACUGGUGAGGGAGGCCUUGCGUAGUUUGAGAGACAACUUCUCCGGUCAUGACCCCCAACACCACACGCUGGACACCCUAGAGCAGGGCGUGUCAAGCCUCAUGGACCGUCUGCAUUCAUCAGAUACUCACCGACGGCAGAACAGAGCGGAAGAAUUUAAAUCGCCUUGCCGGAGAGCCAACUCUUCAGACCGAGACUCAUGGCCACCGAGCUCAAAAAUUGCACAUUCUCACAGUAGCCCAGGUUUGGAUGGCGCCGUAUCCACAAAAGUGCUUUACUUUACCGAUCGCUCCCUCACACCCUUCCUCGUCAACAUACCCAAAAGGUUGGGUGAGGUGACGCUGCGAGACUUCAAGGCUGCCGUGGACCGACAAGGCAGCUUCAGAUACCACUUCAAAGCUCUGGAUCCAGAGUUUGGCACUGUGAAAGAGGAGGUAUUCCAGGAUGGAGCAGUGGUUCCUGGAUGGGAAGGGAAGAUUGUAGCUUGGGUGGAGGAAGACCAUGGGGAGAGGAGAUAG